AUGAGUAAUAGACGAACUACUCCUAGAGGACCCUUGAAUGGGUCAGGUGGAUAUAAAGGAGCUAACUCAGAAAAUGUGGCUCUACAAAAGGAGCUUUUGGAAGAGCAAAAGCAAGAGAUUUAUGAGGCCUUCUCACUUUUUGACAUGAAUAAUGAUGGAUAUCUUGACUACCACGAACUUAAGGUGGCAAUGCGAGCGCUAGGGUUUGAACUUAGCAAAACGGAAAUACUGGAUCUGAUUGAAAAGUAUGACCGCGACGGCCGUCGCUUAAUGCACUACGAUGAUUUUUAUCUCGUAAUGGGUGAAAAGAUUCUUAACAGAGAUCCAUUAGAGGAGAUAAGAAGGGCAUUCAAACUAUUUGAUGAUGAUAAUACCGGUAAGAUUAGCUUAAAGAACCUCAGACGUGUGGCAAAGGAGCUAGGCGAAAACCUCACCGAUGAGGAGCUUCGGGCUAUGAUAGACGAGUUUGAUCUAGACAAUGACGGAGAGAUAAGUGAAAGAGAGUUUAUUGCAAUUUGCACCGAUAGUUAG